AUGCCGUUUGACGCGCCGCUGCCGGCGCAGAUGCCGAUGCAGGUGCACGCGAGCGGGCGGUGGUACGACGCCGAGUGGGUGGCGGCGCACCUGGCGGCGCAGGGGUUCCGCGACGUGCGGGUGAGGGUCGUGCCGGGGCGGUACCGCGUCGAGAGCGCCGAGGCGUGGCUGCGCACGUUUGGCGGCAUGCUGCCCUGGGUCACGGGCACGUGGUGGCCGGAGGAGCUGCGGGCGGAGCACGGUGACAGGGAGGUUGAGCGGCUGGUGAGGGGGUUCUUGGAGGAGAAGUAUGGCGGCGGCGGCGAGGGGUGGGACGUGGAGUGGGAGGUGAUUUGCAUGACGGGCGUGGUGGACAAGGAGACGGAGUGA